AUGACUGAGCUAGAGAAACAACACGACGAAGGCAUGACUUCAGCAGAAGUGCAUGUCGAGCGACUACAAACAACAGAGCCCCAGAACAACACCUCGACAUUGAGCUUGUUCCUGGCUGUCAUCUCUGUUGCUUGUGGUUUUGUCGGCCCUAUCUUGGUUGUCGCAUUGCAAUCCAGCGUGAUUGAACAGAUUGUCACUGAUCUCGGGGAUACGAAAGACCUGGCAUGGCCACUGAGUGCAUUCUCCGUUGCCGGCGCAGUAGCAUUCUCCAUCGCUGGCAAUCUCAGUGAUAUCUUUGGCCGCCGUGUGGUCAUCCUUACCGGGAAUACCAUGAUGAUCGUUGGAGGAAUCAUUGGGGCCGAUGCCCAUUCGGUGAUGAGACUUGUUGUGAGCGACUCUAUUGUGGGUGCCUCCGCGGGCCUCAUCUUCGUUGGAUAUGCUAGUAUCUCUGAACUACUUCCAAAGAAAUGGAGGGGUGCUGGCAUUGGUCUGACUGAAUUCCUCAUUACUGCCCCUUGGGCUCUGGCUGCGACACUGAUCGCCACGGCAAUGUAUUCUCACACAGCGCUCCGCUGGCGAUGGUUUUAUAUCAUUGGAUGCAUCUAUGCCACUGUCAGCUUGCUUGGCACAGCAGUCUUCUACUUUCCACCUUCACACCCCAGGGGAGACUAUGACAAAACUCGCUGGCAGGAGUUCAUGGAGAUCGAUUUCGUCGGCUGUAUCCUUUUCGGCGGAGGUAUGGUCUCAAUGUUGGUUGGCCUCACUUGGGCAGGGACACAACACCCGUGGCACUCUGCGGCAGUCAUCGCUCCCCUGGUCGUGGGUUUUAGUUCCAUUGUUAGCGCACUUGUCUAUGACGCUUUCAUACCAAAAACACCACUCUUCGCCCCUCAGCUUAUUCGAGAAAUUCGGAAGUUCGUGCUGUGCUUAGUGGUCGCGUUUGUGGCAGGAUUCAUCUACUAUUCAAUGUCAGCUCUGCUUCCCCAGGCCACAUUAUGGAUCUUCACAAGCGACUCGACAAAGAUCGGUGUCACUCAGAUUCCGAAUGGUGUCGGCCAGCUCAUCUUUGGUUCUCUAGCCUCGGCGGCGAUAGGUCCCAUUGGCCACCUCAGGAUACAGUUCGUCUUCUGGACAACAAUCAUGGUCGUCGCUGUCGCCUGCCUAGCAGCAACUAUUCCUCACCACAAAGGAGCAUUCAUGGCAUUGCAAGCUUUCGCCGUCGGCCCCUUCCCGACGAUCUCAGCAUUGAGCAUAGUAAUAUCCAGUUUGAAUGUGCCUCUGCCUUAUCUAGGUCUCGCUGUCGGCAUGAUCGGCACUCUACGCAGCGCAGGCGGCAGCUUUGGCAACUCUAUCCUACAGACUGUUCUACGUUCGGUGGUGGACGACAAACUUGCACCGUCUAUCAUUAAUGCCGCUGUGAAGCUUGGAUUCAACCCUGAAAAUGCCGGUGAGCUGAUCGGAGCUACGGUGCAGAACGCACUCGGUGUCCCAUUCGCUUUUUCAAAAGUCCCUGGAAUUACUCCAGAGAUAGAGCAUGCCGCUGCGGAAGCACUGAAACGCGCAUAUGCGUACGCGUUCCAACGAGUCUUCUACACCAUUAUUCCUUUCGGGGUCAUUGCAAUCAUUUGUGCUAUGCUAGUGCAUGAUCCCUCGCAACAUUUGACCAACCACACCGAUGUUCGUUUGGAGAAGGAGGGUUUUCUGGGCCACGGGAAGAAAGACCAGGUUGAUCAGCCCGACCAGAGCAAGCGGGUCGAUAAUGAUAGCACCGAAGUUGUUUAG